CAUUAAGUUAGUGUUCAGGCUUAAGAGAUGUUAGAAAGAUAAAACGGGAUUUUUGAGAAAAAUCUGGUACCCAGUGUCAUUAGUGAGCUUUCUUCAUCAGAAUUGCCACUAGAUUUAGGAUUGUUUUUAGAAAGAAGUAUAAUUCUGCUGAAUUUUAAAUUUUCUCUAAUGCCUUGAAAUGAAGAAUACUUUCUAUUAGUACUGUGUUCAUGUGUUUAAAGCAUAUGACUGAAGCAAAGUAUUACACUGAUUUAAAAAUAAAAACACAUAAGCUGAAACUGCUAAUUAGGUCGUGUCACUGCCAGAUGAGAUUGCCAGUAAAUAACAGAGCAGGUGGGGUGUUAUUCCAGAGCACUUCUGGUCAGUGGGAAAUUCAGAUUUCUGUGGAAACACGAUGCCUGCACAUGUAAUCCCACUUGUGCACGCAGCUGGGGGUGUGUGCUCCUAAACCUUCACACCAGGGCUGCCAAAGUGCAGGAGGGACCCAAAAUCGUGGGAUUUCCUGGGAAGGACCAACCAUGCUUUCUGCAUUCAAAAGCACAUCGGUCAGUGGCUGCAGCACGACCUCACUGCAGUCACUCCUUGGUGAUUUUGUCUCAGUGUGUGGCUGAUAGUGCAAAUUAUUUUGAAUUUCCUGAUGCUGCAAUUCCUUAGUAGGUACUCAGUUGAUCUAGUUGCACUUGCUGUUAAAUACAGGCAUAAAUAGCAAAUUCAGCUGCUUAGGGCUAAGUUAAACUGAGUUGACUGAACCUGUUGAUAAAAUUGUAGGGCUUUGGUAGAUUCAAUUCUUGAACUGCAUUUAUAGUAAAAGUCCACAACACUUUUUUUUUUCUAGUUUCAGUUUUGGCACUAGAUUUUAUCCUGGAGUUCUUAAAUAUUCUUCAUCCUGUUCUUUUUCUAUUAAGGUUAAUGUUGAAGAAGGAAAAUGCGGAAGUCGCCAUUUGACAAGUUUUAUAAAUGAGAAUUAUUUGAAGCUCAGGAAUAAGUGAAGCUGAAAUUUGAAAAAAAAGAAAGUGAAUGCAUGCUAAUUAUCAGACCAGAAGUCCCACUUGUAGAAUAUUGAGCAAUUUGUGUGAAGUGGGGAAGAUGAAAGAAGUCAGAAUUUGAAACGGAAGAAUGAAGAAAAGGAAUAAAAAUGAAGUUAAGAUAAGAAGUAAUCUGGAAUCUGAAAGCACUACGCUAAGAAUCCCGUUCUGCUUCCAGAAGCGGAAGUGCUCAUGGGUCUGGCAAGUCGGGGAGGCACACCCCUGCAAGAUCUCGCUCUAAGGAGGAUUCCAGGCGCUCCAGGUCAAAAUCUAGAUCCAGGUCUGAAUCCAGGUCUAGAUCAAGGAGGAGUUCGCGCAGACACUACACCAGGUCCCGCUCGCGGUCCCGCUCACACAGGAGAUCCAGAAGCAGGUCGUACAGUCGGGACUACCGGCGGCGGCACAGUCACAGCCAUUCCCCCAUGUCUACUCGGAGACGUCACAUUGGGAACAGGGCAAAUCCUGAUCCAAACUGUUGUCUGGGAGUGUUUGGGCUGAGUCUGUACACUACAGAGCGAGACCUGCGAGAGGUUUUCUCCAAGUACGGCCCCAUUGCCGACGUGUCCAUCGUGUACGAUCAGCAGUCGCGGCGCUCCCGCGGCUUCGCCUUCGUCUACUUCGAGAACGUCGAGGAUGCCAAGGAAGCAAAGGAACGUGCCAAUGGAAUGGAGCUGGAUGGAAGAAGGAUCCGGGUAGACUUCUCCAUAACAAAAAGACCUCACACACCUACCCCUGGAAUCUAUAUGGGAAGACCCACUUAUGGCAGCUCACGGCGACGAGAUUACUAUGACAGAGGCUAUGACAGAGGCUAUGAUGACCGUGACUAUUACAGCAGGUCAUACAGAGGAGGAGGUGGUGGUGGUGGAGGAGGCUGGAGAGCUGUUCAGGACAGGGAUCAGUUUUACAGGAGGAGGUCACCAUCUCCGUACUACAGCCGAGGGGGCUACAGAUCCCGGUCCAGAUCCCGGUCCUACUCACCUCGUCGCUAUUAAAGCAUGACACAUAGAGGAAUUUCUAGCUACAGCCUUUGAGUUGAAAUUGCAAGUUUGUGGACAAUAUUUUUUUAUUGUCUCUUCUGUUUAACCAAGUGACAGUGCCUAGUGAAUUAGGUGACUUUGACACCUUUUAUGAAGACAAGUUCUGUGGUGUUCAAUGCUGUUUCAUUCUGCAUAUUUGUGUAGUUUGGUGCUUUGUUUCCAGUUGUGUUUUGAAAGGAGUAUGUUUUGCAUGUAUUUUUUUAGUCUCCAUUUUGAUUCCUGAAAGGUUUCUAUUGUAAAGACAAAAACUGUUGAGUUAGUUUUUUCUACUGAUUCCAAGUUAUUCCCAAGAUCCAAACCUGUGUAAAAUGCUUUCCGAAAGCAAGAAAAUAAAAUAAAAAGAUGUUUGUUUUUUUUC